GAGAAGAAGGCGGCGGAGACGAUGCGGGGCGGCACGGUGCAGAUCAACUGGCACGACCUGCAGCCCGUGCUCACGCUCGACUUCCACCCCGCCUCCCGCCGCCUCGCCACCGGCGGCGGAGACCACGACAUCAAGAUCUGGGCGAUAGCGUCGGACGACUCGGACAAGAAGCUCCCCACCGCUUCCUACCUCACCAGCCUCUCGUCCCACAGCUCCGCCGUCAACGUUCUCCGCUUCUCCCCUUCCGGUGAAAAUCUGGCGUCCGGUUCCGAUGGUGGUGGUAUUAUCCUUUGGAAAUUGCAUAUCAAUGAUGACGGCAGCGAGGCCUGGAAAGUACACAAAUCGUUAUUGUUCCAUUGCAAGGACGUUCUUGACCUGCAGUGGUCAAGUGAUGGUUCAUUCCUUGUUUCUGCUUCAGUUGACAACACUUGCAUAAUAUGGGAUGCUAACAAAGGUGCGAUGCAACAGAAGUUGGAGGGCCAUUUACAUUAUGUUCAGGGGGUGGCAUGGGAUCCUCUCGGUCAAUAUAUUGCUUCUUUGAGCUCUGACAGAACCUGUAAAAUAUAUGCAAAUAAGCCUCAAGGCAAAUCAAAGAAUAUGGAGAAGAUGAACUUUGUUUGCCAGCAUACACUAGUGAAGGCAGAACUUCAAAGUCAUGACGAUUCCAAGCCAACAGUUAAAACUCAUUUGUUCCAUGAUGAGACAUUACCAUCUUUCUUCCGGAGGUUGGCAUGGUCGCCGGAUGGAUCUUUUCUGGUACUGCCAGCAGGCCAAUGCAAAUACUCAUCUGAAGUGGUUAAUACUGCCUAUAUAAUGUCAAGGAGAGACCUGUCAAGGCCUGCAAUUCAACUCCCUGGUGCAAGUAAGGCUAUAGUAGCAGUUCGUUUUUGCCCUGUUCUUUUCAGCCUGCGCGGUUCUCAAUCAGAAGGUUUAUUCAAGCUUCCGUACAGAGCUAUUUUCGCUGUUGCUACUUUCAACUCACUGUAUGUCUAUGACACUGAAAGUGCUGCUCCAAUUCUAAUACAUGCUGGUCUACAUUAUGCCGCCAUUACAGAUAUUGCAUGGUCAUCUGAUGCAAAGUACCUGGCAUUGUCAUCGCGAGAUGGUUACUGCACUAUUAUUGAGUUUGAGAAUGAGGAACUGGGGCAGCCACACAUCAUCCCUGGGAAGAAAGAAGUUACAGAAGCAAAUGUCACAUGCAGAAAUCGGAAACCAUUAACAGUAGAUAGCAUGGAAGUUGAUUUUGGUACCAGUGAAGUUAAGAUGUCAGCCUGUCCCGCGGAUACAAUGACAACUCCACCAAUGUUGGCCAAAAACAGUACUUUAGAACCACUGAAGGCAGACAGUAUGGAAGUUGAUGUUGGUGCCGGCAAAGCUAAGAUGGAGGCCAAUCCUGUGACUGUAGAAGUG